AUGACAGCUUUUGUUAAUGACAGCUUUUAUACUAUUAACCCAUAUUUAAUCUUUUUUGCAUUGAAACCAUUACUAGACGACAUCAAUAGGGAGUUUGAUGAAUUUGCUAGGGGUGUGCCUGUUAUGACUAAUGUAUUUAUAUCAGAGCUACCGGUAAAAGUACCUUUUGCAUUAGUUAGGUCUGCCGAUUCACUGGCAUAUACUAGACCUCCAGGUAUGGAUGUUAUUUCUGAAGAUGAGGCCAUUGACGACGAUGAUAAUGAUGUUGUUGAUGAGGUUGUUAAUAACGAUGUUGAGACUGGUAUACUUUUUUCUAUAGAGUCCAAUGAUAUAUUAUUACUGUUAUUUAUUAUUGUCACCGUUGCCAUACGUAGAUUAGUUAACGAUGGUGCCGAUUUCGGUGUAUAA